AUGCCGGGGCAAUUCAGCAAAGACACGAACACAAACGCCGGGAUCCCUGCCCCAACAGCUCCCCGUGCCCUGCACCGACAGCGCCGGGAUCCCUGCACCGACACCUCCCCGUGCCCUGCACCGACAGCCCCGGGAUCCCUGCACCGACAGCCCCGGGAUCCCUGCACCGACAGCGCCGGGAUCCCUGCACCGACACCUCCCCGUGCCCUGCACCGACAUCUCCCCGUGCCCUGCACCGACAGCGCCGGGAUCCCGGCACCGACACCUCCCCGACAGCCCCGGCAGCCCCUCCAGCAGCAGCCGAGGCUCAAGCCCCUGCACGACUCCCGGCCCUGGGACAGCAGGGCACGUGCAGGCUGCACGGGACCAGGACACGGCAAAGCACCGUGCCCAGAGCCCUGCAGCUCCGAGCAGCAGCCCCGGGCUGCUCCCCCGAGCCGGGGGCUGGAGCUGUGGGGAGGUGGGGGACACGCUGGCUGCGGGUCCCCCAGCCCCAGCCCCGUGCAGACCCCUGUCUUUCUGGUUGCAGGUGCCUUCUGCAUCCCCUUGUACGUGCCCUAUGUGCUGACAGGGAGAUGGAUCUUCAGCAGAAGCCUUUGCAAACUGUGGCUCGUAGUUGAUUACCUGCUCUGCACCUCCUCGGUCUUCAACAUUGUACUGAUUAGCUAUGACAGAUUUCUCUCUGUGACAAGAGCGGUCGCCUACAGAGCCCAGCAAGGCAACACGAAGCAAGCCGUGCUGAAGAUGGUGAUGGUCUGGGUGCUGGCCUUCCUGCUCUACGGACCUGCCAUUAUCAGCUGGGAAUACAUAUCGGGUCAGAGCACCAUACCCACUGGGGAAUGCUAUGCUGAAUUUUUCUACAACUGGUAUUUUCUCAUGACAGCCUCUACAUUGGAGUUUUUCACCCCUUUCAUCAGUGUAAUGUUUUUCAACCUGAGCAUUUACCUGAACAUACAGAAGCGUACCAAAAUACGCCUGGAUAUUUUCCACAAAGUACACCAGCAGUCCUUUGCCGAAGAGAUGGAAACGAGCCCAGAAGAAAAGCUUUCUUUGAAAUGCUGCAAGUGGGAACAGAAGGAGGCAGCUGAAACCCUCGACCUCUCCAAGAGCAAAGCACAAGAAUCAGCCUCCAGCCCGAGCGCAAAAGAUGCGCUGAGAGCCAGCCCGGAGAGCUGCGGAAAACCAAAGCAUUACCACAAAAAACGCUGUAAAAACUCAUCAACCACUCCGUCCUUCGAAAAGCGGAUGAAGAUCGUCUCCCAGAGCAUGACUCAACACUUCAGGCUCUCCAGAGACAAAAAAGUGGCCAAAUCGCUGGCAAUAAUUGUGGGCAUUUUUGGGGUUUGCUGGGCACCGUACACUCUCCUCAUGAUCAUCCGGGCGGGCUGCCACGGCCACUGCAUCUCUGAUUACUGGUACGAAACUUCCUUCUGGCUGCUGUGGAUCAACUCUGCUGUCAACCCUAUCCUGUACCCGCUCUGUCACUACAGCUUCAGAAGAGCUUUUAUGAAACUCCUCUGUCCAAAGAAGCUGAAGAUUCAACCUCACAGCCCACUUCAGAACUGCUGGAAGUGAAGCCAGCCCAGGGUACGGAUGAGAAGA